AUUGCCAGCUGUUCAAAAAAUUUUGACGUAACAUAUGUGACUGACAUUUCGUGGUCACAAAUUUAGCAGUUUUUUAAAUAGCGUCAGGAAUGCAAAUCAGAAGAGUAAACACGAAUUACUCUGGUUGCAAAUUUUGGACGCUAAUGCUCGCGCGAUAAGAGAAACAUGAGUGACAGUAAAGAAACAUUGAGUUCGUUUGUGGACAAAUCGGCGAAAACCACCGACUUUGACAAAGUCCUAGGCCGCAACAUUCUGGUGGCCCCAACCGAGGAGCAGUUCGAGUUGCUACUCCAGCGGCUGAAGCAGCAGCUGGGCGAAGGCCGGGGCGAAGUCAUUCUGGAGAUUGGGGGCUCGGAGGACGGGAGCGAAAACGGCCUGCUUGAGGACGAGCUGGAGGCGGCUGUCGCGACCCUGCAGUCCUUGGCCACUACUUUAGAAUGCAGUUGUGUUAAGUUGAGGGAGCGGAAGGACGUCAGAGGGAUCAUAGCCCAGUAUUUGAUCCGGCGGGUCUUAGGGCAGUCAGACUUUUUGGAGAUUCGUGUGGCCGUGGUCGGUAAUGUAGAUGCCGGUAAAUCGACGCUGUUGGGUGUCCUCACCCAUGGGGAGCUGGACAAUGGGCGAGGGCACGCGAGACAGAAGCUCUUCAGGCAUAAGCACGAGAUGGAGUCGGGACGGACGAGUUCUGUUGGCAACGAUAUUCUGGGUUUCGACGAAGAGGGCAAUGUGGUGAAUAAGCCAGAGCAUGGAGCGCUCGAUUGGGUGAAAAUCUGCGAGAAGAGCUCAAAGGUGAUAACAUUUAUCGAUUUGGCGGGACAUGAGCGUUAUUUGAAGACUACGGUGUUUGGUAUGACUGGGCAUGCGCCCGAUUUUGGGAUGUUGAUGGUGGGUGCGAAUGCUGGUAUUAUUGGCAUGACUAAGGAGCAUCUAGGAUUGGCUCUGGCACUGUCAGUUCCUGUGUUUGUGGUGGUUACGAAAAUUGAUAUGUGUCCGGCUAAUGUGCUACAAGACAAUUUGAAAAUGUUGAUCAAGAUUUUAAAAUCGCCAGGUUGUCGAAAGGUCCCUGUGAUGGUUAAAACGACCGAUGAUGUCAUCUUAAGUGCUACCAACUUCGUAUCAGAACGCCUGUGCCCCAUUUUUCAAGUCUCCAACGUUUCCGGAGAAAAUCUGGAAUUAUUAAAGACAUUUCUUAAUUUAUUGACCACAAGAAUGGAAUAUCACGAGAACGAACCAGCGGAGUUCCAAAUUGACGACACUUACUCAGUUCCGGGUGUCGGAACUGUGGUUUCAGGAACCACACUGAAAGGAGUGAUUCGUUUAAAUGACACCUUGAUGUUAGGCCCAGAUCCCUUGGGCCACUUCCAACAAAUCGCCGUUAAAAGUAUUCAUAGGAAACGAAUGGCCGUUAAGGAAGUGCGUGCGGGCCAGACGGCGAGUUUCGCGUUAAAAAAAAUUAAACGAUCUCAAAUUCGUAAAGGCAUGGUCAUGGUUUCCCCCUCUCUAAACCCGCAAGCUUGCUGGGAAUUCGAGGGCGAAAUUCUCGUCUUGCAUCACCCCACCACUAUCAGUUCACGUUAUCAAGCCAUGGUUCAUUGCGGAAGCAUCCGACAAACUGCGAGUAUCGUCCGAAUGUCUAAAGAUUGUCUCAGAACAGGCGAUAAAGCAAUAAUUCACUUCCGUUUUAUCAAACACCCGGAGUACAUGACUCCGGGUCAAAGAAUGGUGUUCCGUGAAGGUCGCACUAAAGCAGUUGGCAACAUUGUGCGAAUUAUAACGCAAACAACGCCCACGCAUCCCAAUACAAGGACGAAACAAAACAAGCAACAAAGAUACGGCGGGGGAAACACACAAACCAACCACGUGACCAAAAACGUUCAGUCCGGUUUACAAGAGUUUUCAGAGAUUGGUACCGCCGUUGGGGAGACAACGUUUGAGGGAAGUACCGAUAAGCGUGAGCACAGUGGCCAAAAAUCCGGCUCGAGGAAAGGUCGAGGUAGGCGCGGAGGUCGUGGUAAAAACAAUAAUGCCAACUCAAACACCGCAAAACCUCUCACUGAGACUAACAUCAAUUCGAUUUCAAACCUCAAUUCGACAAAAGUGCAAUAAUCGCGCAAAUUCUUUCGUUUUUAACUAAGUCCGAGUGAGAAAAAGGCAGAAAUAAAGUAAUUUAUUUUA